CACCGUAACCUAACCAUCCAAUUCAUCACAACUUAACUAAGAGUAAGAGCCUUUUACUUGCACCACAGUCUAACCGCAAUGGCCGCCUCGACAAUGGCUCUCUCCUCUCCUGCUUUGGCUGGAAAGGCCGUCAAGCUAUCCCCGGCGGCCUCUGAAGUUUUUGGUACCGGCCGAGUAACCAUGCGCAAAGCCUCCAAACCCACCGGUCCAUCCGGCAGCCCAUGGUACGGAUCCGACCGCGUCAAGUACUUGGGUCCGUUCUCUGGCGAGCCACCAAGCUACCUCACAGGAGAAUUUCCCGGUGACUACGGGUGGGACACUGCUGGUCUAUCCGCCGAUCCCGAGACUUUCGCCAGAAACCGUGAGCUAGAAGUUAUCCACAGCAGAUGGGCCAUGUUAGGAGCCCUAGGCUGCGUUUUCCCUGAGCUAUUGGCGAGGAAUGGAGUGAAGUUCGGAGAAGCGGUUUGGUUCAAGGCUGGAUCACAGAUCUUCAGUGACGGAGGAUUGGACUACUUGGGCAACCCGAGUUUGGUCCACGCUCAGAGCAUUCUAGCCAUUUGGGCCACUCAAGUGAUCCUCAUGGGAGCUGUGGAAGGUUACAGAGUUGCCGGAGAUGGUCCGUUGGGAGAAGCAGAGGACUUGCUUUACCCAGGUGGCAGCUUCGACCCAUUGGGUCUUGCUACUGACCCCGAGGCUUUCGCUGAGUUGAAGGUGAAGGAACUUAAGAACGGGAGGUUGGCUAUGUUCUCUAUGUUUGGAUUCUUUGUUCAAGCCAUCGUCACCGGAAAGGGACCGUUGGAGAACCUUGCUGACCAUUUGGCUGAUCCAGUCAACAACAACGCAUGGGCCUUCGCCACUAACUUCGUCCCCGGAAAGUGAGUUUAUAAUUCGUGAUCAAGUUGUGUAUCUCUGGUUUGUUGAAUCUUGGAAAUGUGAUGGUGAUUUUAUCUCUUGUAAAUUACUUUUGUAAGUGUGAAAUAUUUAAGAAGCUUUGUAAAAUUAAUGGAUCGGUUUACUUA